UUGUUGACCAUUGUUUCGAUAGCUCGCCUUUCCCGCGCAAACAAGAAGAAUCGCCGGGAAAUGGCGGAGGACGAGGAAGUAUAUUGUCCGAACAACGCGCGGCUGUUCCAAAUCGCCGUCUCCAACAGCUUGAAAAACAUAGCCGAGUCUGUCAGUGAGAAUGAAUUUCUCGAGGCACUCACGAUUCUCAAGUCAAAUCCCAACAUCGCCCGAAAGCUGCACAAGGCUAUGAUAAAGGAGCUGUACAGCAGCAUGAACAAUGAUCUGGAGGAUAUAUUAAAGGAAGGCAGUUUGCAGGAAGCCUUCACUAAAAUAACCAAAUUGUCCGAGGAAAACACGUCCGCUAACGAACACGCGUGGCGUCCACCGGGAGAUGUAACCUCGCAUUUGAGAUCGUUGGACGCGCACAAGAUCAAAGAGGCGACCGAGGAAUUGGAGGAACAGGUGAACGAGAUGGAAAGGGAGAACGAAACCCUAAUGAGGACAAUCGCAGAGAGUAGAUCGAGAAUACGUGCCACGAACGACAACGUGAUGAGAAUUCUGAAUUGCGCGCCAAACAUACUGCAACGAUUAGAGAAAACGUGUAAACAGCUGGCAACUUGUCUUGAAACGAUUGAAAAUGAAUAGCUUUGCGAUUUUGG